AUAUACCCCUCUGUUCUUUCAUUUCUCUCACACCAUCGCUGAACUCUCUCUUUGUUUCCUUCUCUCAAAUUCCUUUCAUUUUGGUUCUGCAAAAAUCCAUGGCCAAGGACUCAGAGCAUGGCUCAUUCUCGGCUAAGGACUACACAGACCCACCACCGGCUCCUCUCAUCGACCCCGUCGAGCUCAUCAAGUGGUCCUUUUACAGAGCUCUGAUUGCAGAGUUUGUCGCCACCUUGCUCUUCCUCUACAUCACUGUACUGACUGUCAUCGGUUACAAGAGCCAGACCGACCACGCCGACCCGUGUGGCGGCGUCGGCAUUCUCGGUAUCGCUUGGGCUUUCGGUGGCAUGAUCUUCGUUCUCGUUUACUGCACCGCUGGUAUCUCGGGGGGCCAUAUUAACCCAGCAGUGACGUUCGGGCUGUUUUUGGCGCGGAAGGUGUCGCUGGUGAGAGCCGUGAUGUACAUGAUAGCCCAGUGUUUGGGAGCUAUUUGCGGAGUUGGGUUGGUGAAGGCUUUCCAAAGCUCGCACUACAAGAGAUACGGCGGUGGAGCCAACGAGCUUUCUCAGGGAUACAGCACCAGCGUCGGCUUGGGCGCCGAGAUAAUCGGAACUUUUGUCUUGGUCUAUACUGUUUUCUCUGCAACUGAUCCCAAAAGAAGUGCCAGAGACUCCCAUGUCCCUGUUUUGGCACCACUCCCAAUUGGCUUCGCCGUGUUCAUGGUUCAUUUGGCCACUAUUCCUAUCACCGGCACCGGCAUCAACCCAGCUAGGAGUCUUGGAGCUGCUGUUAUUUACAACGAGGAUAAGGCGUGGGAUGAUCAAUGGAUCUUCUGGGUUGGACCCUUCAUCGGCGCAGCUAUUGCCGCAUUCUACCAUCAGUUCAUCUUGAGAGCGGCAGCUGUGAAGGCUCUUGGCUCAUUCAGGAGCCAAACUCACGUCUGAGUUUUUAAAUUAAAGAUUGCCUUCUUCAUGGAUACAUUGGAUUAAAAAAGAUUGGAAGAAGGGUCUGAUGAGUGAAUAAUGAGGGAAGUUUUUGUGCUUUUGUAUGGUGGAAUUCUGUAUUUGUGUGCUCAAACUGGGGUCUUGGGAUUGUAGGUAAAAAGCCUCUCUUUAUUAAUAAUGGGGGCUUUAUUUUUUAAUAUCCCUAUUGUACUUUUAAGCACCCUUGCCUUAGAAUUCACUUCAAUAUUUGUCUUUCAAUUCCACUACUUUCUAUGUGAUUAUGCUUUAAGAAAAAAGUUGAGUGAUGUGGGUUUCUGCUUA